GCUUCCUCCAGGUGGCGCAGCAUUCUAGAAAAGCGGCGCAUUGUUUGAAAAUACUGUUAUUGAAAUAUUUAGAGGGAACGACUGAAAAUGGCUCCAAUUUUUGAUGUUAUUCGAGCAUUAGCUCUUGUUGUAGGUUUUGCAGUAAGUCUUAGGGACAGGAAGACUGCAAUGUUCGCAGAUAUGGUCUUCACGUCGUGGCUCGGAGCAGGAGCGAUCCUCUUCCCACAAUUUUUUAUGGGUCAGCAGGUGCAAAGUGACAAAACUAUGAAAGACCCAGAUAGUAUCUUGAUGUAUCGCAUGUAUGGUGUGUAUCUUUUGGUCCCCAUGUUAAUGUGGUACUCCUGCAGAAAAUCCCGGGAUGAUAGUGUUGUUGGAGCUUUGCUGUGGUCCAGAGCUUUGGGACUCCUUCCAUUGCUAAUGGUGUCGCUAUACGGACAUUUUUCCACCAAAAAGAUUUUCACUGACAGAAACAUGUGGUUCUUCGUUCUGUUUAUUGGCUGCUCCUGGGUAUCUAAUGUUGUACAGCUGGUGACAACAAGACCAUCGGUUGGACGAAGGGAACAGAAGGGUCCAGUCAGCACUAUUUUUCGACUUGAAUUCCUGGUCUUUUUCGUUGUAGGCUUGGGAGUAAUGGCUUUCCCACAUAUGUCCCUAAGUCUUUUUAUAGCAAGUCCAAAAAUCUUCCAGAUCCAUCUAGGGCGUGUUACUGCUGCCCUUAUGUUCAGUCAGAUUUUCCUGGCCUGGUUCGCACCGAGCUUUAGAGACAAUGAAGAUAGAAGGAGGCUUUUCUGCAUGCAGCUAACGAUGUUGUUCCUGGCUGUUGGAUGUAUAGCCUGUGCCUUCUAUAGUGGAACAAUGAGUGUAGUACAGCUGCGGAUCUUCCUGGUUAGCUGUGCACCCUUCCUCCUGCCCGCCGCUGGACUCUAUUUCAUAUCUGAGGGCACUCAAUCCUCCUCCACCUCCAAGACAUACUUCACGAGGUCAAAGGCUUCGUAGUGUGGAAAGAUUCCCACCAUCCUCUACCAAAUCUGAUUGGACUUUCAUGUAAAACCACAUAAGUAUAAUAUUUGAUCCUUUCAUUUACAUGAACAAAUCAUAUCCUGCUAGUUCUAUUGCUUCAUGCAACUGUCUUCACUUCUUGUGUGAAUUAACACUGCAAUCUUUAAAAAAGUAUUAUUGGGGAUGAUCAUAACAUUAUUUUAAUGUUAACAUUAUAUACAUUAUUGUUUCUUCAUCCUUUCGGGGAAAAGUACAAAUCACGUUGCUAUUUGAAAUAGCAGUCACUGGUGUGGAAAGGCAGCAUCAAUUGUAUAUAAGUACGAUAUUAAUUCACGAGUCCAGGACAUUUCUGUAAAUACAAGAGUAGAUAUUUCAUGUGUAUUAAAGCACUUUCCAUUACUAGUCCAAUUAACCAACUUAAAAUUAACAUACAGAUUAAAAAGCACCUCCUUAGGUAGUUAAUACAUGUGUUGUUAAGGUACAACAAAUUUUUUUUUUCAAAUUUACUGUUAUAUUUGAUUCAGAUUUUUUUACAAGAUUUAAUACAUUUGUAUUUCAUG